GUUCACUUUACUUAAAAUGAAAGCAGCUUCUAGGAGGUGGUGUCAAUGGUUUUUAUGUUCUCUAAAAUCAUGGGCCUUUGGGGAAUAUUUUGGUUUUUAGUCUUCCUGGGGAAAAGCUGUGGACAGGAACAAAGGUAUGUCAUUUCGGUACCAAAAGUCUUCCAAGUGGGAGUGUCUGACAUUAUUGCAGUUCAAGCUUAUGGACACACUGAAGCAUUUGAUGCAACAGUUUCUGUAAAAAGCUAUCCUGAUCAAAGAUUUACUUACUCUUCAGACUCUGUUAAUUUAUCCCCAGAAAAUCAAUUCCAAAACUCUACAGUCUUAACCGUACAACUCAAACAAUUGUCCGAAGGACAAAGCUCAGUUUCAUAUGUAUAUGUGGAAGUUGUAUCAAAGCAUUUCUCAAUAUCAGAAAAAACACCAAUAACCUAUGACAAUGGAUCGCUCUUCAUCCAUACAGACAAGCCUGUUUACACCCCACAGCAGUCAGCCUCCAGAACUCUGGGCCAAAAUAAAUCUCUAUGCUUUAAAAUUUGCCUAAUCUCAUAUAUUCUCUCUAGCCAUAGAAAAUGCAUUAAGACAAGGGUGUUUGCUUUUUUUUCAAAGGACCCAGAAGGAUCAGACGUUGACAUAGUACAAGGAAACAAUCAUACUGGAAUUGUCUCUUUUGAUGACUUCAAGAUUCCUUCUAAUCCUAAGUAUGGUAUGUGGACAAUUAAAGCUAAAUAUAAAGAGGAUGCUUCAACAACUGGAACCACCAUCUUUGAAAUUAAAGAACAUGAUGAAACUUACAAAGUAAAAGAAAUUCUCAAUCCAGCCGGCAGUCUGAAAGACAAGAUAGAAGAAGAAGCUGCUAAAUACAAACAUCCAGUGCUAAAGAAAUGUUGCUAUGAUGGAGCCCAUCGUAAUGACCAUGAAACUUGUGAGCAGCGAGUUGCCCGGAUUACCAAAGGCCCACUCUGUGUCAGAGCUUUCAAUGAAUGUUGUACAAUAGCAUACCAGAUUCGGGCCAACAAUACUUAUAAACACAUCACUGUGAUGAAACACCCCAGGUAUGAUCAUACAGACCUUCAGUUCCAGCACUUGGAAGCAGAGGCAGGUGGAUCUCUAUUGAGAAGCUUUGGAGACUUCAACUUUCUUCCAUAACCCUCCUGGAAUAUGCUAAAUUUCAUUUCUUGCAAAAUAAAGAUGUGAAGAUUACA